GCCCGGUUCCCCAGCAAAACCCUGGCUGCCGUCGCGGCACCCCGAAGCCGCCGCUAUCCCAUUGUCACACGCACACCCACCCGCCGCCGCCGCCAUCCCCUCGUCGCCGUCGUCUCCUGGCACGACCUCGUCGAAUCCUUUGCUCCUCUGCCCCCGCCGCUGCUGCUGCCAUGGACUCCACGCCGGCACCCGAGGCGGCUCCCGGCGCCUCCUCUUCCUCUGCAGCUGCCGCCGAGGAUCUGGCGGGGGCCGUGGCGGCGAUGAGCCUGGACGAGCGGUUCGAUCUGCUGCGGGGGAUUGGGGAGGAGUGCAUCCAGGAGGACGAGCUCAGGAACCUGCUUCAGAAGAAGCCCGUCCCCAUCUGCUACGACGGCUUCGAGCCCUCUGGACGCAUGCACAUCGCUCAGGGCAUUGUGAAAACCAUCAACGUGAACAAGAUGAUCAGGGCCGGGUGCAGGGUGAAAAUUUGGAUCGCCGACUGGUUUGCGCAGCUCAACAACAAGAUGGGAGGUGACCUGAAGAAAAUCCAGACGGUGGGGCGCUACAUGAUCGAGAUAUGGAAAGCGGCUGGGAUGAACCUCGACGGGGUCGAGUUCCUGUGGUCCUCCGAGGAGAUCAACAGCCGCGCGCAUGAGUACUGGCCAAUUGUGAUGGACAUUGCCCGGAAAAAUAACGUCAAGAGGAUAACGAGAUGCUGCCAAAUUAUGGGCAGAAGUGAGUCAGACGACUUGACUGCUGCCCAGAUUUUCUACCCUUGCAUGCAAUGUGCAGAUAUAUUUUUCUUGAAGGCUGACAUAUGCCAGUUGGGGAUGGACCAACGGAAGGUCAAUAUGCUAGCUAGGGAGUACUGCGAUGACAUCAAAAGGAAGAACAAACCGAUUAUUCUUUCACAUCAUAUGCUCCCUGGUUUUAAAGAAGGCCAGGAGAAAAUGUCAAAGAGUGAUCCAUCCUCGGCUAUCUUUAUGGAAGAUGAUGAGGCCCAGGUUAAUGUGAAGAUAAAGCAAGCUUUUUGCCCUCCCAAAAUUGUUGAGGGGAAUCCUUGUUUGGAGUACAUUAAAUACAUUGUUUUCCCUUGGUUUGGAAGGUUUGAGGUCGUCCGUAAGGAAAUCAAUGGUGGUAACAAGACAUUUACAAGCAUGGGUGAACUAAUUUCUGAUUAUGAGACGGGUGCUUUGCAUCCUGCCGAUGUCAAACCUGCACUAGCAAAAGCAAUAAAUGAAAUUUUGCAGCCUGUUCGUGAUCACUUCAACAACAACAACGAAGCCAAAGUUCUACUUAACACUGUCAAGAAGUACAGAGUAACCAAUUGAGGAGCGGAAUGUGUGUCUUUAGGGUGAACUAGAAAAUCAAGCCAUUGCUAGAGCAGCAAGCUGACCAGGACAAUGAAAUGAUUAAAAUUUUGAACUCUCUUUUGAUGUGGCUUGGAGAUUGAACUGGCCUCAAGGACAUAAGUUCACUGGACUCAAGGAUAUAAGCUCGAAUGUUUUUGACAUAUAGGAGCGGUAGUGAUGUGCUAAAAUAUACAACAGCAAUUGUGAUAUUUUAGUUUUUUAUUCCCUUUUGGAGUGGAAUCACCAGUUCACCUUGAAGUUAUUAUUAUUUAUAUAUUCAGUGUUAUUUUCU